GUGGACUGGGGACCCCCUUGGUGGCCCCUUCCGGGAGAUCCGUGGCACCUGCGCCCGCAGCUCUGAGGUCCUCGAUUCAAGAGUGUUUCCAGCCCCACCACCAGGGAGCCCCCGCCGCCGUGGCGUCCCGAAGCGGGAGUCUCCAGGCAGGGAUGCGCCCAGGGGCCCGGGCUUGGGCGGUGGAGAGAGGACCCCGACAAGGAACACAUUGCCCCCACCCCCAUCCUGUCCUCGAGGGCGCUGGCCAGAGACCCGCACCCUUACGCAAGGCGGUCUCAGCCGGCCCUGAUAGUCAGGCAUUUGGACGUCCCCCAACACCCAGGGCAGGAUUCCAGUGUCCCUCUACCCGCUCUCCUCUGAGUCCCCUGCUAUCCUGAGCACCCAGUCCGGGGCCUUCCGGGAGGGGUGCGUGGGCCUCAGUCCCCAGCCUUCUGAGGAGGCAUCUGCUCAAGCGCGUCCCUAAGCCCCAGCGAGACCCGAGCCCAGGGGCGAAAGGUCGCGCAGAGGGCGCCCCUAGGCCUGACACUCCCAUUCCCAGAUCUUCCUCUACUCCCCACCAGGCCCGGUGUCUUAUUUCUUUGUCUUCGGAAUUGCCCUCAUCCCGACCUUUUCGCACGGCCCCAUACUCCCUGCAGCCCUGCGCUGCAGCCCAGUGCGGGGUAGGGGGGAGAGGGGGGAGGAAGGAGCUCCUCCCCAGCGCCCCCUUCUAGGCUAGUUGCCGUGACCUCCCAAGCGAGGAGAGGUGGAGGGGGCUGGAAUUCCGGAGCAAGCUGAGCUGGCCGAAGCCUCAGGGCAAGGAAGGCCUAGGGCCCAGAUGGCAGAUUGCAGCCCUGGUGGCCAAGGUCCAUUUUCUUGCUUCCUAUGCCAAAGUGGAGGGGCCAAUGGGAGUGAGAGCAGGAGAGAGAGAUCACAGGCAGAGCAAGUCACAGAAGCAGCCAGAAGGAUUGGCCUUGAAUAUAAGUUCCUCUCCCAGAUGCAGAAUCCAUCUCUGCCACAAGUGCCUCCUAACACCCAAGCCAUGGAGGCUGGACACAGGAACCUCCUUGAUGCCCAGCAGGAACACAACUGCCUUCCCAUAGCGUCUCAAAUCUCCCUGAGGGCACCAAAUUUGUCUCCCAAAGCCCAGCUGUAUGGAAGUCGGAGGCCUGUCUUCCUGCUGACGCCUUCCACUGGAAGCUCUCCACAAAGUUCUCUGUGCACCUUUGUUCCACAGCUAACAAAUUCAACUGCCACUCUGUCAAGUGAAGUCUCACCCACUGUCUUAACAGACCCCCCAGGACCAGGGCUCCUACCCUCUGGGUCAGGAGGUGGAAUCAGCAUCUUCUAUGUGUCAGUCAGCCAUUUUGUGUUCAUCACCAACUCAUUUGCCAAUGGCCAAUGGCUCACUGACUUCUCUUCCUGGACAACAUCCCAACCUUUCAAUUUCUUGACGUUUUUAUCUCUCAAGACCUUGUUGAUCUCACCUCAACAUCCUCCUUCAUGCUAAAUCCCAAAUGCUAAUCCUCUGGGCACAGCCUUCACUCUGUUCCUUCCAGUUCUCCAACUUCCUCCCUGUUAUCACUCCUGUGUUUGGACUAGGUACCAAAUAUAUGAGUUCCCACUUGGUUUUUCUCCUCUACAUCCUACCUUGGCCCCACCAUGUAUCUCUUCAAUUUGCUUCAGUCUAUCUAUUUAAAGGAGGGCUCUGGUAGGAAAGAAGAAGGCAGUAAUCUCAGCUAAUCUGCCUGAGCUCCAGGGAACCUAGAAUUAGAGGAUUUUAAGCAGGUCAAGGGCCUAAGUUGUCUAAUCCACAAUGCAACCUCCACCUCUGAGCUACUGUUAUGGGGACUCCUGUUACCACCAACCAGUUCCUAUUCUGUCUCUUCUGAGGCCAUCUUUUCCUCAUCUCUUUGCUUCUUCUUAAUCCUAGCUUUGCUUCUCCUGGCUUCUACUGCUUUAUGACAAGCACACAUGGCUUUUCUCCAUGUGCCCAUUAGCUUUUAAUCUCACUGCAGUUCGAGUUCCAAGAGAAGAAAGUUGAUUGGCUCAAAUACUUGGUAUCCUUGUUUUGGCAAACCCUUUAUGCCAAGUAACUGCAUUGGCAACUGGCCAGUCUAUAGAGGUGGCAGUUCUUGGCCAGGCACUGGCUCCUGAUCCAAACAGGUAAAUCCAAGGUCAGUCCAGGCCAAUGGGAUACACACUAUAUAUUCUAUGUAUACUGCUAUGGACUGAACGUUGUGCCCCCCACCUAAUUCACAUCUUGAGGCUCUAACCUCAAGUGUGGUAGUAUUUGAAGAUGGAGCCUCAAAAGAACUAAGAAAUGAGCUCAUAAGUGAAAGGCUCGGAUUCCCAUAGGGUUGAAAGUGUUCAAUCCCCUGACCCACCAUAGGAGGACACAAUGAGCAGGUGGCCAUCUGCAAAUCAAGAAGAGACCCCUCACCAGGAACUGACCCUGCUGCCCUGCUGCACCUUGAUCUUUCUUUUUGUUUUCUUUUUUGUUGUGCUGGGGAUUGAACCCAGGGCUUUGUGAUUCGAAGCAAGCACUUUACCAAUUGAGCUAUAUCCCCAGCCCCUGAUCUGGGAUUUCUGACCUCCAGAACAAUGAGAAAAUAAUGUCCAUUGUUUGAGCCACCUACUCUGUCUAAGUCAUGGACAGCUGCUGCAGGGAACUAUCUAUGUAUUGGCUAGCCUGUCUGGGCAUGUCAACAUCAUCCAUUCUUGGGCUAGGGAUGUGGCUCAAGAGGUAGCGCACUUGCCUGGCAUGCAUGCGGCCUGGGUUUGAUCCUCAGCACCACAUACAGACAAAAGAUGUUGUGUCCGCCGAGAACUAAAAAAAUAAAUUAAAAUUAAAAAAAAAAAAACAUCAUCCAUUCUUUUGGUUUUCCUUUAUACUCAGGUGAUAAAGCCCCAGGGUUUGAACAGGAUUGCCCAUGACUCUGUCUGGUUGUUAGAUCAUGAUUAUUUGGAAAACAUGUAUGCAGUGUUUAAGAAGGUUAAUGUCAGAGAAAGAAUAAUUGGCUGGCUAGGGGCUGGGGCUGUAGCUCAGUGGC